AUGGAAUCGCCAGAGACGCCGAAUUCGACAGACAAGAGAAAGCCCAGGACCUGUCCUCAUUGUAAACGUCAUUUUCGCCGCCACGAACACCUCCAACGGCAUAUUCGCAUCCAUACCAACGAGAAACCGUACAAAUGCGUGUGUGGUGCGUCCUUUGCCCGCCGCGAUCUGUUGAAACGUCAUGAGAGUAUCGGCCAUCCCCCAAUCACCCCCUCAACGCAGGGACCCUCACCCGUCACGGUCGAUGACAGCCAACACCCGCAACCCCAGGGAGGUGAUGGCUCCACAGUCCCUAAUCCCGAACCGUUUUGGGGCAUUCCUGAUCUCCAAAAUGAAGGCGCCCCCACUGGCUCCAUUGACCAGCAAGCACACUUUCAGGGAUUCUCACACGAAGAUUCUUUGUUUAAUGCCCAAGAUCUCUUGGUAUUGCAAGACUUGGAAUCCUUCAGUCAUAACAUGGGACUGAGUACCGAAUGGGUUCUUCCUACUGAGCCAAGUAUUCUGCAAAUAUUUGCUGGGGAUCCUAAUUUGAACCCUAUGCCCCCCGGCACCUCAACAGACACCACCCGAGAGAACCCUCCUUUCCAGCAAAAUCAUGAUCAGUCUUUGAGUCAGCUUCCUAUAGAACGAGAGACCGUUGCGGAGUUUGGUGUCUUAACUCUUCCGAUCCUGAGAGUUACCGAAGAGCUUCGCAAUCGUUUGCUUCAGGCUCUUGGGAAUUCAGAGACAACCAUGUUCCAGUCUGUCUUCCCAUCAUGCCAUUCACUUACCAGAUUCGUCAAUGGAUUCUUCGACGGGUUCUAUCCUCACUUUCCAGUUGUACAUCUUCCAACAUUCAGAUUGGAGGACACCGAGCCGGAGAUCAUCUUGUCUAUGGCUGCGCUAGGCGCCCAGUAUCGACAUGAGCACCGGAAAGCAGUUUUUCUCUUCUAUGCUGCUAAAUCCACACUCCAGCAAAACACUCACGAUAGAGAGAGGAGAGAAAUGGACCGGAGCCUUUACCCUGGUGAUCGGAAUUCUGAUAAUCAAGGGUCCAUGCAAUAUAGAGAAGUCAUGCGGGAGGCACGAUGCGCUCUCUACCUGAUUGCAUUCGCGACGUGGCAAAGUGAGCCUGAUAUUGUACGCGAAGCGUUCAAUCUUCAAAGUUUCCUCGCGAGAUGCGUACGGGAGUGCUCUUUGGUGGAAUCGCAUGAGUCACAGCAAGAAGUCCCAAGCUGGCACUUGUGGAUAGAGCAAGAGUCAGACCGGAGACUCAAGCUUUUUUCUUAUUGCAUUCUGAAUCUACAUGGAAUCGCCUUCAGCACGCCGCCCGUGAUCCUAGUUGAUGAACUCCAGCUUCGUCUCCCAUGUUCUUGUUUCGAGUGGAUCGCCCCAAGUCCGGAAAAAUGGGCCAAAGUUUACAAAUCAGGAAAUGCUCAACAGAUGCAUGUACAAGAAGCCUUAUCUCACAUGAUGAAGGGCUCAAAUGAGCCGCAGUCAUUGAACUCGCAGCCUGUGCCAUCUCCUCUGGCAAACUAUCUCCUUCUACAUGCUCUCAUUCAACGCAUAAUGCUUGUUCAGCAGGCAUUUGGUCCAUAUAAUGAUGAAGACCAGAACUUACUGAAUCGCCAAAAAGAAUCUAUUCGAAAUGCUCUCCACGUAUGGACAUCUCAAUGGCAACGAGCUCCCGAGUCGAGUCUGGAUCCCCGAAACCCCAAUGGACCAGUGACAUUCACCUCAACGGCACUGUUGGGCCUUGCGUAUGUCCGACUUGCUCUCAAUAUAGGGUCAUACAAAAUCCUUGGAUCUCGUAAUCCACAGGAGAUUGCAAACCGGCUACUCCAAAUGCCACGUCUACCAGCAGGGCCUCACUUACUUCCUGCUAUAUUACACGCAACACAUGCUCUAAGCAUACCCGUCAAGCUAGGUGUCAAUUAUGUCGCACGAAGUCAUGCAUUUGUGUGGAGCAUUCAGCAUUCAAUCUGUGGAUUGGAAUUCGCAAUAUUUCUCAGCAAAUGGCUGUUCUGUAUAUCGAACUGCCAAAAAACGAGACCACUCGAUGAACAUGAAAGUCGCCUCAUUAGCUGGAUUAGUGAUAUAGUAGAAGAAGGGAGGACAUCAGGCGAUGAGGAUUUAUGGUCCCGGCCAACCCUUUCUUCCAAUUGUGCCUAUCUCGCUUUUGCGGUGGUGAAACUAUGGGCUCGGCUCAUCAGAGGAAACGAGCAAUGGGCAAUAUUGAAGAUCAUCGGACAAGGUCUCGAUAUUUACGCUAAUACCUGCGAGGAAAGGUUUGUAGAGUCUUUGGCCAAUUCCCAAUGA